ACACUUUUUCUUCAGCAAACCAACAACAUAUUCUGCGCUCGCAGUUUUACAUAAAAAAAACUAAGUAAAAUUAACAAGAUGUUGGGCCGCAGCAGUGUUAUUGCACGCAAUUUCUCGCAAUCGAUGGUGCGCUACAGUGGCGGCCAUGGUGGUGUUCCCGGCGAGAAUCUGCCGUUCAGCAUCCAGAACAAAUAUAGGGUAACCGCUUUGUUCACCAUCGGCUGUGUUUUGGGCUUUGGCUCCCCCUUCCUGAUCGUCAGACAUCAGCUGUUGAAGAAGUAAGUGGUCGUCGCAGCACCUAAAGCAACAACAACAACAAAAGCUACACAAAAAUGUAAGAUUUCGCUGUUGUUUGUCGUGAUUUGUGUUACAGAUUAACAUUAAGUCAAAAGUUUAAAUGUAAUAAAUCAAAGUAACCCAGAAACUAUAGACAUAAA